AGACUCCCAAAUCCCUAAUUCCUCUUCAUCCAGACACACAAAAUCCUCCAAGAGAAGCUUUCAACAAUGGCGGAUCCAUUACUGACACUCCUCUUCCCCAUGGAAACCAUGGUUUCUGAAUCCGCGUCUCCUCCAGUUGUCGUCCACUACACCGUAACCCUAGACCUCCGGACCUCGAUGAUUUUCUCCGUCACUAUAAUCCUUUUCUUCCUCUUCCUUUACCACGUUCUCAGCGGCUUCCUCCAGUGGUUCCUCAGCGGCCGGCGCGGCGGAGAUGUGGAGGCGGGAAUGGGAGAGGAGCGGCGGGUGAGGCGGGCGGAGAAGAUGCCGGCGGCGGUGAGAUUUGGGAGCGAGAGAAUGGUGAGGAGGAGGAGCGAGGAGGAAUGUGCGAUAUGUUUGGAGGAGUUUAUGGCCGGAGAAAACUGCCAGGCGUUGCCGGAGUGCAACCAUUUUUUUCAUUCGGAUUGUAUUGAUGUCUGGUUUAGCAAGAAAUUUACGUGCCCGAUCUGUCGCCAUUGUAUUGCAGCUUAGAUUUAAGCUCUUCUUCUU